AUGACAGCGCGGCCAUCAACAGAGAAUCUGAAAGUUACAAGUCGACAGCUGGAGGUGUACCAAAAUCCAAGAGUAGAUCAGUUUUCGGAGACGCGUUCUAUCGUCCCAGUGCGAUUAUUUACUCUGACGAUAAACGGUGAAGAUCUGAACGUGGGAGCGAUGGAACGCGAUAUUAAGAUCACGGUGGGAGGUGUCGACUGUCAGUUAACAGCACUUGCCAGGAAAGUCCUUACAUGUAAGCCACCGACAGAAAGGCCGCCUCUAGAAGGUGGUCUACAACCGGAAGUUGUUGUGAAGAUUGGAAAUAUCAGCUAUACUGCCGGCCAGUUGUCUUACGAUUCACCGUCGUUAACGUCUAGUGUGGUGAUAGUUAUCUUAGCGUGUAUUGCCGCAAUGCUCGUCUGUUUCGUCUGCCUCGCUAUCAUGUAUAGGAGGAAAACGAAUUCACAUCAAAGACAGAUGAAGUAUCUGAAGACUCAGAUGGAUACUAUUGAAAUGAAGGUAGCCACCGAGUGUAAAGAGGCAUUCGCUGAGCUUCAAACUUCUCUAAAUCAGUACACAGCCGAUCUGCCAUUAGGAACACCCAUAGUGCCAUUUUUGGAAUACAAGGAUUAUUGUGCGAGGGUGCUGUUCCCGAACAAUCCGCACAAUCAUCCUGUUCUUCGCGAUCUCGAAGUGGAUAGCCAAAAGGCAGGUGCGAUCGAAGCUGGUCUACGGGAAUUCCAUAAGUUGCUGAUGAAUAAGGUGAGUUCUCCUUGUCUUGAAACGGCAGCCUACGCUGAUUACGUGGGCGUGGUCGGGCCUAGUAUUGUGUUUCCCAUGAUAUGA